AUGUGGAACGACAACUACACACAUCUAGCAACAACUAUCACUGAAAAAGAGUUGUCACCACCGGAAAGGAAAGAUCUUCCUGUGUUCAAAAAGGAGGAUGUGAAGAAACAUGGAAAAGGCUCCGAAACAAUUUGGGUGACAUACAAAACAGGAGUGUAUGACAUCACCGAGUUCCACAAGCUACAUCCUGGUGGCGAUAAAAUUUUAUUAGCUGCUGGUGGUGCUGUUGACCCCUACUGGUCUCUCUAUGCCCAGCACAAAACGGCAGAGGUGAUGGAGAUCUUGGAAGAAUAUCGUAUUGGAAAUCUCGAUCCGAAGGAUGUGGAAGCUACCAAAACAGUAGACGCAUCCAAUCCGUUUUCGAAGGAUCCUGAACGACAUCCUGCUUUAGUUGUGAACCAACAGCAACCCUUCAACGCUGAAACCCCUGCAGAACUGAAUUGUGGAUCAUUUUCGCACUCCAAACGAGUCGAUCCUAAGAAACAUCGGCUGACGAUCGAUGGAAAGGGAGUCAAAAGACCAAUGAAAUUAUCUGUAGAUGAACUGAAGAAAAAUUAUCGGCCAGUAUCUAUCACAUCUGCGAUACAGUGCACUGGAAAUCGACGAUCGGACAUGAGCAAAAAACGCAAGGACUCGCUUGGAAGGGGACCGCUAUUAGCAAUGCCCAAUGGACAGGUGUUCGCCUUGCGGGAUCUGUUGAUAUUGGCUGGUGUAGAUCCGAACGACCGGAGUAUUAAGCAUGUACAGCUAGAAGGCGCCGAUUCUGAUUCGACAGGUCAGUCCUAUGGAGCAUCAAUCCCUUUUGAAAAAGCAAUGAGUCCUGAAGUUAUUAUUGCUUACAGUAUGAAUGGGGAGGAUAUUCCUCGUGAUCAUGGAGCUCCUCUGCGAUGUAUCAUACCU